AUGGCGGCUCCAAUGAGAAAGUCGGUCGAAUUUUUCUUCGAUGUACUUUCCCCAUAUUCCUGGAUAGGAUUCGAGCAAAUAUGCAGGUACAAAAAUAAAUGGAACAUGGAUCUGAAGUUCAAACCAUUCUUUCUUGGAGGUAUAAUGCACCAUUCAGAGAAUACCCCACCUGCGAUGAAUCCUCAUAAGGCAAGGUAUGGAGUCAAAGAUCUGCAUAGAUUAAGAAAUUAUUACAAAAUACCAAUGAAUGAGCCUGCAGAUUUUGUUGAUGUUAUGUUUGUCAAAGGUUCGUUGUCCGCUCAGAGGCUGUUAACAGCUAUCUCAAUGGACCUCAAUAAUGAAGCAGUCGAAGACGUGUCCAGACAGCUGUGGCUCAGAGUUUGGUCUAAGGUAAAGUGA